CCGACACUGAACUGUAACACGCCUCUUUCCUUUCUUUCCUACAUACCAUAAUGGCGGCCGUUGCUAAGAAGGAACCCAAAAUCAAGCGCGACCCGGCGAAGAACCCAAUGCGGGAUUUGCACAUCAGAAAGCUGUGCUUAAACAUCUGUGUUGGUGAAUCCGGUGAUAGGCUGACCCGUGCCGCUAAGGUGUUGGAGCAGCUGACAGGUCAACAGCCUGUGUUCUCCAAGGCCCGCUACACAGUGCGUUCAUUCGGUAUCCGUCGUAAUGAAAAGAUUGCUGUCCACUGCACUGUUCGUGGUGCCAAAGCCGAGGAGAUCUUGGAGCGCGGUCUGAAAGUGCGCGAAUAUGAGUUGAGACGCGAGAACUUCUCCGCCACUGGCAACUUCGGUUUCGGCAUUCAGGAACACAUCGAUUUGGGAAUCAAAUACGAUCCCUCCAUCGGUAUCUAUGGUUUGGACUUCUACGUCGUCUUGGGACGUCCAGGCUACAAUGUGUUGCACAGGAAACGCAAGGCCGGCACUGUUGGUUUCCAGCACCGUCUGACAAAGGAGGAUGCCAUGAAAUGGUUCCAGCAGAAAUACGAUGGUAUCAUUCUGAACACCAAGAAGUAAAAAACAAAGUGCUAAUCGUAUGCAAGUUUUUUAAGAUGAGAAAUUCUAUAAUAAACCUGACUCCUGUCAAAAUGUA